AUGGCUGCAUUGGGCAGUGAUAGGAAUUCUCUCACCUAUGAUGAUGUAAAUGUGUACUUCACUCGGGAAGAGUGGGCUUUGCUGGAUCCUUCCCAGAAGUGUCUCUACAAAGAUGUGAUGAUAGAGACCUGCAAGCACCUUACAGCCAUAGGCUACAAUUGGGAAGACCAUAAUAUUGAAGAACAGUGUCAACGUUCUAGAAGAUAUGGAAGGUACUUCAUAACACAAACUGGAAAAAAACCCUAUGAAUGUAAUCAGUGUGGGAAAGCCUUUUCACAACACAGAAAUCUCAAAAAGCAUGAAAGAACACAUACUGGAGAGAAGCCCUACGAAUGUUAUCAGUGUGGGAAAGCCUUUUCACAAUUGAUUAAUCUCCACAUUCAUAAAAGAACACAUACUGGAGAGAAACCCUAUGAAUGUAUUCAGUGUGGCAAAGCCUUUUCUCAACACGGAAAUCUCCAAGUGCAUAAAAGAACGCAUAGUGGAGAGAAACCCUAUAAAUGUAAUCAGUGUGGUAAAUCCUUUGCAUGUUUUAGUGGUCUACAGAGACAUGAAAGAAUUCAUACUGGAGAGAAACCCUACGAAUGUAAUCAGUGUGGGAAAGCCUUUACACAGUCAAAUGUUCUCCAAGCGCACAAAAGGACACAUACUGGAGAGAAACCCUACAAAUGUAAUCACUGUGAUAAAGCCUUUUCACAAUCCAGUAGUCUCCGAAGACAUGAAAGAAUUCACACUGCAAAGAAACCUUUUGAAUGUAAUCAGUGUGUUAAAUGCUUUUCACAACCCAGUUGUCUCAAAUUGCAUAAAAGAACACAUACUGGA